UUGCCGUUCUGUUUCCUUGGAUCCUGACCCGCCCCCCGCAAUGGUGUCCAAGAACCAAUUCCAGCCGAACCGGGCCAUGCAGAUGCAGUCGCAGCAGCAGCAGCAGCACCCGCAGCAAAUGCAGCAGCAGCAGCAGUAUCCGCAACAGCAGCAGCAGCAGCAUCCGCAACAGCAGCGCAACAGCCAGAACAGCAACAUCAAUAAUCCCCGGGCAGCGGCAGCUCCCUACAGGAAACCCUUCCGUCCGGGAGGGAAUGGCAAUGGAAAUGGGAAUGGAAACGGAAAUGGGAAUGGAAAUGGAAACGGGAGCAACAACCAGAUGAUGUUCUCCUCCAGCCAGAUGCCCAGCGAUCCCCUCUACAUAGACUUCAACAGUCCGGCGCCGGGAAACCAAAAGCAGAACCAGGGCGACGGCCUGAAGAAGAAGCCCAUGAAGGGCAUCAAGCAGCAGCAGCAGCAGUAUCCUAAUCCCAAUCCCGGCCAGCAGCAGCAGCAGCAGCCCUUCAACAACCAGAUGAAUGGAGGCGGCAACGACUGGCAGCGCUUUCCGGGCAACCCGAAUCCCAACCUGAAUCGCGGCGGCUUCAAUGGAUUUCAGCGCGGACCGCCGCCGAACCGACCGCCUGGACGGCACAUGAUGGGUCCGCCCAUGGGUCCGCCCAUGGGUCCCAUGGGCCCGUGCGGACCACGUGGACCCAUGGGUCCCGGAGGACCCUACCCGCAGAUGCCUUUCCAGCCGCCGAUGCCGGGGAUGCGGGGUCCGGGGCCCAUGGGACCCAUGGGCGGGCCACCGCCGCCACCGCACUUCAUGCGACGCAAUGGACCCGGUCCUGGUCCGGGUGGUCCCAUGAUGGGUGGCCCACCGCCCAUGCACAUGAUGGGCCCACGGAUGCCGCCGCGCGGCAUGCCACCCGGUGGACCACCCUUCGGCGGGCCAAUGAGCAUGAACGGCGGCCGGAUCACGAAGCCCAAUCCCAAGCUGAUCAAGCAGGCGCUGAAGGGAAAGAGCAGCAUCAAGACGCUGAAGAACCUGAUCAACCAGUACCCCAUCGACAAGCCCUGGGUGACGGACGAGAUCCGCAGCGAGCACGACAAGAAGGUGGAUAUCGAGAACCGGCUGAAGGGCCACAAGGAUGACGAACUCUUUGGCCAGUACAAGGGACAGCGCGACAAGUUUGUGGGUCUCUACGAGGCGGCACGGGAGGAGUAUCUCAAGCAGGAGGCGGCCAGCGUGAAGGCCAAGGAUGCCAAGUCAGACAAAGACAAAAACGCAAUUUCAAAUCAGAGCGCCGCCCCUCAGGCCGAAGGCGCUAAAGACGAAACAAUUCCAAAUCCCUAGGCAGCCAAUGCAACCGAAACCCAAUACCGAAUCAAAUCGAAUCAAACCGAAUCAAGAUCAGGUCGACUCACAGAACAGAACAGAAAAUUAAACUAAAGCUAAAACUAAAACUAAAACUCAAACUAGACCGUAAAGCAAAGAGAGCAAUUUAAAACUAAAGCUAAAACUAAAACUAAAACAGAGAAAAGCGAGCAAGAGCAAGAGUCUGACAAUUGGAGACGUAUUGAACUCAAGACCCCGACUCGAUAUCGGAUAUACACGGCCUGCUUUUGUCACACGAUGCUUUUGCGACUGAGAACUGAGCUUAAUAACGAUAAUAUUGAAACAGAAUCCAAACUGAAACCCAGCGAUGAUCAUGCGGGAAAAAGUCUAAUGAUAAAGAUGAAGAUUACGAUAAUGAAUAAUAACGAAUCACUUGUCUAACGAUGAUUGUUAAUUGUGACCGUAACGUAAAGUAGAGUAUUGAAAUGUAACCGUAACGUAACAGUUUCCUUAUUCGAAAAACCACUUUUCAACUUCAAUUCUAAGCUGCAGCAAUAUCGAUUAUUUGUACACAUUAUUAUAAACCCCUAGCCACAUAUAUAUAUAUAUAUUGCGAUAUAUAUUAUUAAUAUUUCUUAUUCGCUGCCCGGGUGCUUGAUACAUUAUUACAACAUUAUUGGAUCGGAUCGGAGAGACCGGAGAUUCCAAGCACCCGGGCAAAAAUCACUCUGUAAGCCUUGGAUUACACAACUUGAUUGUAUUUUUAAAUUAAUUCUUAAAAACUACAAAUUAAGAUCA